GUGCAACACGCAGGACUACACGUGGCACAAGGGCACGCGCUGCGAGGCCAUCGUCACCGACUUCCAGGUGAUGUGCGUGGCCGUGGGCUCGGCCGCCCUCGUGGUGCUCCUGCUCUUCAUGCUCACCGUCUUCUUCGCCAAGAAGCUCUACCUGCUCAAGACGGAGAACAGCAAGCUGCGCAAGACCAAAUACCGCACCCCGUCCGAGCUGCACAACGACAACUUCUCCCUCUCCACCAUCGCCGAGGGCUCCCACCCAAACGGGCACGAAUACGAGUGUGCUCUGGAUGUGCCAGCACUGGAAAGCGCAGCGCUGCUCGUCGGUGGCCUCUGCAGCAGCCGGGUGUUUCCAGUUUGUGCUCCCAUCUUCCUCUGUUAAGUGAUUUUGCUUCUUCUUUUUCAGGAUAAGUUCACGCUACUGCGAGACACCAGAACAGACGGCAGCUUCCUGGUGCACCACUUCCUCUCCUUCUACCUCAGAGCUGGCUGUAAGGUUUGCUUCGUGGCCCUGCUCCAGUCCUUCAGUCACUACAGCAUCGUAGCACAGAAGCUGGGAGUCAGUCUGACAGCUGCCAAAGAACGGGGACAGCUCGUCUUCUUGGAAGGCCUCAAGUCCUGCCUUGACCUCUUAUUUGGAGAGGAGGAGGAGCAGUCGGGACAGCCCAGUCCUCUCCAGUUUAUAAGUGAGAGCACUUCCAACCUCAAAGCCUUGUUUGACUUCGUCCGGACGUCCCUGACUCCCACCGACAGCGACGCCUGGAAAGGCCCCGUGCUGCUGGUGGACGACCUCAGCGUCCUGCUCAGCCUGGGUGCCACGCCGGUGGCCGUGCUGGACUUCGUCCACUACUGCAGAGUCGCCGUGUGCUCCCAGCUGAAGGGGAACGUCGUGGUGCUGGUUCACAGCAACGAGGAUUCGGAAGAUGAGGACAACGAGCUGGUGGUGAACUCCCUGUGUCAUCACAGCGACCUGAUCCUGUGGGUAGAGGGGCUGGCGACCGGCUUCUGCAAGGAUGUCCACGGCCAGAUUAAAAUAAUUAGGAGAGUGUCCUUGGAGCUGACGGCGGAGCAGGACCACGUCCAGGUUUACCAGUAUAAGAUCCAGGACAAGAACGUCACCUUUUUUGCCAGAGGGCUGUCCGCUGCGGUCCUGUGA